GAAUGGAAAUCCUAGAGAUCAUGUAUAAAAGUUAUUUCUUACUAUUUGUUUAACAUUGAUGAUUUUGAUUUUUUUUUUUUGUUGUUGUUAUUUUUUCUUUUCUCCAUGUACAACUGCCUGUAAUGUAUCCCAGUAUUAUCUCCUACCAGGAGGGUGCAUAUCUCUGGGGACACACCCUUUAUGACAGAAACAUCGAAAUCACAGAACAGCAGCAGCGAAUCAAAAACCGGGUGUGAUUACCUUCUUGUCAUUACUAGUCACAAGAGUAAUGAAAUACUUUGCUAACUGCUUGUGUCUCACUCUUAGCUGUGCUGCCUUGUACUCAUACACACCACGGCGGGCAGAGGAGCUGGGGCUACAGAAGGGGGAGAUGGUUGGUGUUUAUGGAAAGUAUCAGGAAGGAUGGCUGAGGGGCCUGUCACUGCGAACAGGCAAAAUGGGCAUCCUGCCAGGCAACUAUGUCACCCCAGUGCUCAGAACGUCUGCUACAGUCUCUGAGCACAAGCCAGCUUUGCUUGCAACGAGUCAGACAGGAAGGAGGUCACUUAUUGUUAAACCGCAAGCAGUAGUCAUUCCCCUUGACAGAAAUUCUUCAAAUGGGAUAACAAGGCCAGCUGUGCAGGUACACUCCAUUGCCAUGUCAACCCCUGUGACAUCAGCGGGCCUGGUGAGAGCAGCAGCCCAGCCAGCCAGCACUGUGGGGAGAGGCACAGGGAGGCAUGUCUUCAACACUCUACAGAGGGGGUCUUCAAUUCCGGUUAUUGGUACAUUCCGUCCCUCUCCCUCUGCUAUGGUUCAACCCCAGCAGCCCCACCUUCAACCUUCUACAAUUACACCUGUUGCCACGAUGAUGAGACAAAACCAUCCUGUAAAAACCACCCAGCGCAGGGUUUCUGAAACAACAUUACCCUCUACUGGUAGCUCAGCAACAUUGAAUACCAGAGAUGCUGCUGUAAAUGGAACUCUUACAAAACAAAUAACCCCUCAAUCCAUACUGGUUAAACCAGACUCCUACAAAAACAGUUUAGAAAAGGUCAAAACAGUUCGCUUCCAGACUCAGAACUCCACGCCCCAGCUGAAAAGGAGCAAUUUCCAGCUAUCCGAACAGAGCACCCUAAAAAGACCGGAGCAGACAAGCACUGGGGCCAACACACAGGAACCAAAUAGCAGCCAGGUGACCACAGUCUACCACACCCGAGCUGGGUCCUGCCCCAUGGGAACAGAGAGCAAAAUACCAAGGCACAACAAGAUGGACUCUCCGGAUCUCUGCCCUCCAGACAUACCUGUCCAUAUUCAGCAAAGUUCCAUCAAAAAGCAAGAUUUUACAGAGCCACCAUCGACUGGAAGGUACAGGGUGUUGAUUUCCUGUGCAGCACAGAGAGAAGGAGAGCUGGAUCUGAAAGAAGGAGACCUGGUCCUGGUACAGAGGACACGGCAGGAUGGCUGGCUCCAGGGAAUCCACGAACGGACCAGGAAAACCGGACUUAUCCAGUACAAAUUUCUGGAGUUUCUUGAAAAACAGAACUAGCUGACUGCCACUUUUUUGACUUUGUGAAGAAAGGCUACCAAAAAGAUGUAACAUAUAUUGCUUGUUUCUUUUAAAAGGGAAGUUGUGUCGAGUUUGACAAAAUCUUGACCACAAUUCAAAUGUAUACUCUUUGAGAAAAGUUGUUUUCUCAUGUGUUUGAAACACCAGUCUUAAUGAA